AGUUGCUAAGGACAGGAUCAAAUAAUGGACAACAAUAUACGCAGCACAAAUGAAUUGCGUCAGGGUACUCUGGUUUCCUCUGAAGUGCAGAGUCUAUCUAUUUCGUCCUUUUGAGGUUUCGUUCAUCAGAACUGCAGAUCAUAAGCACAACUGCACGUAAUAUGAUACAUAUUCCGCAGUCUGCGGGUGGUAAGUGGGAGGAGUUGCUUGAAUUUUAAGGUGUCUACCAAACAGAUGCUGGGAGCGCCUUUUAGCUCUUGUUGAUGAAACUGAGAAUAACCCUGUAGACAUACUAGAUAGGACUAUAUAUUUCGGGUUGGUAAUGCGGUUGUCAGACUUCCUGCCGUGAGUUUGACAACUGAACGUCUUGCACGACGGAGGAAGUCCUCGGAAGCUAGGACUCAGGGGCGAGGUGCAGCUUCCUGCGCACGCAGGGAUCGGCGCUUGUAAAGGAGGCGCACGCGCUCGGGUCUCCUCGCAACUAGAGCCGCUCGGAACCGGGCAACGUUCCAAAUGGCUGACAGCACUUUCAUCGAGGAAACUGACCAUGACAGGAGUAAAGAUGGGCUGGACUGGGGGUACGAACAAGGUGUAGAAUGGGGAUUGCUGUUCCCUGCAGCUAAUGGAGAAUAUCAAUCUCCAAUAAAUCUGAACUCCAGAGAGGCAAAGUAUGACCCGUCGCUAUUGGAAGCACGUUUAUCACCAAAUUAUGUGGUUUGUCGGGAUUCUGAAGUAAUUAAUGAUGGUCACACCGUUAAGAUACUGCUGAAAUCCAAAUCGGUUUUGACUGGCGGUCCAUUGCUUGAAAACUAUGAAUAUGAAUUACAUGAAGUUCGAUUUCACUGGGGUAAAGAGAACCAACGUGGCUCUGAACAUACUGUUAAUUUUAAAGCAUUUCCCAUGGAGCUCCAUCUUAUCCAUUGGAAUUCUACCUUGUUUAAUAACAUUGAAGAAGCUUUGGGGAAGAAAAAUGGGAUUGCAAUAAUUGCUUUAUUUGUUCAGAUAGGAAAGGAACACUUGGGCCUAAAGGCAGUCACAGAAAUCCUUCAGGAAAUUCAAUACAAGGGAAAAUUGAAAACCAUGCCAUGUUUUAAUCCUAAUACAUUACUUCCUGAUCCACUCCUCCGGGACUACUGGGUGUAUGAAGGCUCUCUGACCAUCCCUCCGUGCAGUGAAAACGUGGCCUGGAUACUAUUUCGAUACCCUUUAACCAUCUCUCAGCUGCAGAUAGAAGAGUUUAGAAGGGUACGUUCUCACAUAAAGGGAGCAGAACUACCUGAAGGAUGUGAUGGGAUUUUAGGAGACAACUUUAGACCAACACAGCCACUCAGUGACCGAAUCAUCAGAUCUGCAUUCCAAUAAAGAAUGAGCAGUAAUAAACAUAAUCAGCUUCAGGGUGAAGACAAUGAGCCCACAGUAUCCCACUAUAUGAGAAAUGGAUCUUUCUGAAGCUGCUGCUCCUUCAAAAUACAAAGCAUGUUUUGUGUUGCCUUCUAUAAUUAAUGCAGUCUUGAAAAGCAGCUGUGGCAGUUGGUUUGUUCUCAUAGUCCUGUUAAAUAUUCCGAAAGAAAGAGCUGAUGCACCAGAACAAGAGCUCAUUCUAGGUGCCCAAGCUUCAUAUAAUUGUUUUGUAGUCUGUUUAUGCAUUUGGCUUUUGUAAAUAGUUGUUCGUUAAUGUGCAAAAUUUCUAUCAUGUAUUUAAUAUCAUUUAAUAAUGAUGUGCUUUUCUGAAGUUCCUUAUGAGCUUGACAUAUGGGGUACUUGCUAGCUCUUUGCUGCUUGGGAAAGUAAGACCUCGCAAUUUAGUAGGGCCAAAAGAUAAGUUUGCUCCUAGACAAUACCAAUGUGAUUUAAGGGUUAUCUGCAUGACUGAAUAUAAUUGCAUAGAAUGCAAGAAAAAAGAACUUGUCAAUCCUUUAAAAUGACUGAUGAUUUCAAUAGCCAUUUGAUUUUCCUCUGGUUAAUACUAAACACGCUAUUUCAACAUUUUCCACCAACUUGUACUUUAAAGUUAAUGCAAAUUCUACACGGAGGGGAGAGAGAUAUUCUGCAGUGAAUUUUCUCCAAUCAAAACAUUUUUUUUGUAAUGAAUGUGAUUCUGUUAUCAGAUACUAAUAUAAUUUUGAACAAAAUGGUUUGAAAAGUCUGCAUAUUGAAAGACUCCUGAAUAAUUCCCUAAUUCAUGAUUUUUUGUGUGUGCGUGGUAGAGGAGAGGAGAGGAGAUGGGUGAACCUGAAGGUGCAGUCGAACUACAUGCUCAAAACUGUGGAGGGGGCAAAAUUUUGUUUAAAAAAUGCAGUAUUCUGUAAUUUAUAAUUUAAAUGCUUGGGCUCAACUGAAUAAACACAAUAUAUUCAUUGCACUUUGUACAAUCAUUUUAAGGCAAUUUCAUUGAAUGCAUUGGGAGGUAUGGCAAACGCAAAAAACAAAUUUGAAGUAAAGGACUUAACAAAAUUAAAGCCAAAUUGCAAAUUUAUGGUUGCAAUUAUUCAAGCAUAACUCCAAAAUUUACUGUAAAAGCUGUUGUUUCUAUAAAAUGUUUUUGUAAUGUGAAUCAAAUCUACAUAUUUUUUCACAUUUGUUCUCUUUCAUUCCAUUGGGAUAUGCAAGAUAUACAUUAGCAUAUGUAUGUGGUGAAUUGCUUUAAAACUAUACCAAAUUAAUUGAAUGUCCUGGCCAAUUUAUCUACAUCAGUUAAACUGGGUGGGGAGUCUUUAAUUACUUCCACAUAAUGAACUGGAAACUCUUGUUUAGCUAGUUUUUAAUAUUUUGUUUAUAUUAGAAAAGAUUCUAGUCUAGUGUUGUGAGAGAGCGUCAAGUUUUGUUUCUGGUCAGAGUAUUUUAACCAGUAGAGAUGCAAGCUGCAUUUUUCUGCCAGCUUUUAAAUGGUGGAGAAGAGCAUGAUGCAGUAGAAUGGAAUAAUAAUAAUAUGUCUUUAGCUGAUCAUAUCUACAUUGGUUAGUGUUGAAUUUAUAAUGGGUUGUUUGGGGGUCAGAUAUACACAUUCAUGAGCUAAUCUGACAGGAUUUUAUUAAUUGGUUGGAUUGCGAUGCUUAUGGGUGCUGGUCUUCAGACAGCUCGAGGCUUGUUGCCAUGCAUGAGUUAACUUGUUCCUGACUUUGGCACCUUAAUAAUCGGAGAUAUUUAAAAACAGUCAAAAUAGGUGCAAGUAAUAAGAAUUGAAAUACAAAAAUCUACUUCAAAUUAUUUCUGUGUAGAAAUUAAUUAUGAACAUUAAGAUUAAUUAAAUA